UAUCAGAAAAGUGACAUGCGCAAUGUACUUUGCGCAGACGAGUCACAAUAACAACAACAACAACAACAAUCGCCGAAUAUACAUCAGUAGAAAUGGCUAUACAAAUAGCCAUCCUGGAUUGUGACCUGCUGCUCCAUGGUCGUGGACAUAAAACUCUCGACAGGUUUGAUAUAGAGACCGUUUCAGACGCGUUCCUAUUAACAACAUUUGGAUUCCCUCGAGAUUUCAUCUACUACCUGGUGGAGCUACUGCGUGACACUUUAUCACGACGUACGCAACGGUCUCGAGCAAUAAGCCCAGAAGUUCAGAUUCUUGCUGCUUUAGGAUUCUAUACCUCAGGAUCCUUCCAGACGAGGAUGGGAGAUGCCAUUGGCAUUAGCCAGGCUUCCAUGAGUCGCUGUGUGACAAAUGUAACCAAGGCACUGGUUAGGAAAGCUCCAGAGUGCAUAGGAUUCAUGAGAGACGAAGCUACAAAACAGCAGUCCAAAGAGGAGUUUUUCAGGGUAGCGGGAAUACCAAACGUCAUGGGUGUUGUAGACUGUGCCCAUAUAGCCAUUAAGGCACCCAAUGCAGAGGAUUCUUCAUAUGUCAAUAAGAAAGGCUUCCAUUCAAUUAACUGCCAACUUGUGUGUGAUGCCAGGGGACUUUUGCUCAGUGCAGAGACUAACUGGCCUGGCAGCUUACAGGAUAAUUGCAUAUUUAAGCAGUCUUCAGUGUAUAAGGAAUUGGACGAACAGGAAAAUCAUGAAGGCUGGUUUUUAGGAGACUGCCGCUAUCCUUUAAAGAAAUGGCUGAUGACACCUGUCCAGUACCCAGAAACUUCAGCAGACUUUCGAUACAACCUGGCUCACACUGCCACUCAUGAGAUUGUGGACCGCACGUUCAGGGCCAUUCAAACCCGUUUCCGUUGCCUGGAUGGGUCCAAAGGCUACCUUCAGUACUCUCCUGAGAAGUGCUCUCACAUCAUUCUGGCCUGCUGUGUCUUGCACAACGUGUCAUUGCAAUCAGGCUUGGAUGCCUGGACGUUUGAGAGGACUGAUAUACCAGACCAGUCAGAGGAGGGCAGUCGUAAGCCAGAGGCUGUGGACUCAGAGGCAGUCCGAAUCCGCCAGGAGCUCAUUCUUAGUCACUUCAGCUAGGUCUGCAUGCUCAGAAUCAACGUGGGAAACACUGUAUGAUUCACAGAGACACUGCCUGCAAUAGAGAAGUGGUUGACACCAGAUUCUGUAUAAGCAGAAUAAUAUAGGUUGUAGGAGGUGUAUAUGUACAGUGCCUUCAGAAAGUAUUCAUACCCCUUUACUUAUUCCACAUUUUGUUGGGUUAAAUUGAUAAUUUUUUCUCACCCAUCUACACACAAUGAAAUUUGUAUCCCAAAAAACUCCUUAGUCUUUUCCAAAGACAAACAUACCCAUAACAUGAUGCAGCCACCACCAUGCUUGAGAAUAUGGUGGUACUCAGUGAUGUGUUGUGUUGGUUUCCCCCCAACAUAAUGCUUUGUACUCAGGACAUAGUUUAUUUCUGUGACACAUAGUUUGUAGUUUUACGUUAGUGCAUUAUUGCAAACAGGAUGCAUGUUUUUGGAAUAUUUGUAUUCUGUACAGGCUUGCUUCUUUUCACUCUGUCGUUUAUCUUAGUAUUGUGGAGUAACUACAAUGUAUUUGAUCCAUCCUCAGUUUUCUCCAAUCACAGCCAUUAAACAAUGUAACUGUUUUAAAGUCACCAUUGUCCUCAUGGUGAAAUCGCUGAGCGGUUUCCUUCCUCUCCGGCAACUGAGUUAGGAAGGACGCCUGUAUCUUUGUAGUGACUGGGUGUAUACACCAUCCAAACUGUAAUUAAAAACUUUACCAUGCUCAAAGAGAUAUUCAAUGUCUGUUUUUUGUUUUUUUACCCAUCUACCAACAGGUGCCCUUCUUUGCGAGGCACUGGAAAACCUCCCUGGUCUUUUUGGUUGAAUCUCUGUUUGAAAUUAACUGCUCAACUGAGGGACCUUACAGAUAAUUGUAUGUGUGGGGUAAAGAGAUUAAGUAGUAAUUCAAAAGUCAUGUUAACCACUAUUAUUGCACACAGAGUGAAUCCAGCAACUUAUUAUGUGGCUUGUUAAGCAAAUGUUUACUCCUGAACUUAUUUAGGCUUGCCAUAACAAAUGGGUUGAACACUUAUUGACUCAAGACAUUUCAGCUUUUAAUUUUUAAUGAAUUUGUAAAAAAUUCUAAAAACAUAAUUCCACUUUGACAUUAUGGGGUAUUGUGUGUAGGCCAGUGACACAAAAUCUAAAAAUGUCUUAAUCAAUUUGAAACUCAAGCAGUAACACAGCAAAAUGUAGAAAAAAAUCAAGGGGUGUGAAUACUUUCUGAAGGCACUAUGUAUUUGCAGACACGUGAAUUGUCUGCAAGAGUGCAGGGUGUAGUGUGGUGUGCAAUAUUCAUAUGCUCCAAUAAAUACAUGUAUACAUG